UAAAAAAAAAAAUCUCCUUUUUAAAGGAAGCUUCAAAGUUCAAACCAUUUGUUUCAAUGGCAAUGAACUUCUCAGUAUUUUUCUCUGUGAAAGAACCUUUGAAAAAACAAAAAGCUUAAAGAAAAAAAAUAUAUAAAACCCCUUUUUUUUGUUCUUUAUUUUUCUUGUUUAUGACGUUAUUCACCUAAAUUUUCUAAAUUUUGAAGAAAACUGGGUUUUUCAGUUUUCACCUAUAUAAACAAACCCUUUCUCUCCUUUCCUCCAUUCAUCUUCACUGAUCAAAAUAAAAAACCCCGUUUCCAUUUUCCCACUUUACAAUACAUAUACAUAUAGAUAUUUACAUACAUAUAGAUAUAUAUAUAUAUAUAAUAUAGUGAAAGAAAAAUGGGAGAAGAUGAGUGUUAUAUAGUGGUGAGAGAGUAUGAUCCAAGCAGAGAUAUAACAAGUGUUGAAGAAGUAGAAAAAAGAUGUGAAGUUGGUCCCAGUAGCGGCAAACUUUCUCUCUUUACCGACCUCUUAGGUGACCCUAUUUGCCGGGUCCGCCAUUCCCCUGCUUUUCUCAUGCUGGUUGCUGAAUUGAGCUCGACCAAAGAAAUCGUCGGUAUGAUUCGAGGCUGCAUAAAAACCGUCACAUGCGGCAAAAAGUUCUCCCGAAAUAGUAAAAACAAUGAUCCCAUCGCAACGAAGCUCGUCCCUGUUUAUACUAAACUCGCUUACAUUUUAGGCCUUCGUGUUUCACCUUCCCACCGGAGAAUGGGGAUAGGGUUAAAGCUAGUGGUUACAAUGGAAGACUGGUUCACUCGAAACGGGGCCGAAUAUUCAUAUAUAGCUACGGAGAACGAUAACCGAGCUUCCAUUAAUCUGUUUACCGAUAAAUGUGGUUACUCCAGGUUCCGUACGCCGGCCAUUUUGGUUAACCCGGUGUUCGCUCAUCGACUCACUGUUUCAAACCAAGUUACCGUGAUCGAACUUUCCCUUUCCGACGCCGAGUUGUUGUACCGUCGCCGUUUCUCCACCGUGGAGUUCUUCCCUCGCGACAUUGACUCGGUGCUUAAUAACAGACUCAAUUUAGGAACGUUCUUGGCUGUGCCACGUGGAUUUUACACUCGAGAAUCAUGGUCCGGGUCGGAUAAAUUUUUAUCCGACCCGCCAGAAUCGUGGGCGGUAUUAAGCGUUUGGAAUUGUAAAGACGUGUUCAGGUUGGAAGUUCGUGGCGUGUCGAGGACGAGGAAGACGUUGGCCAAAACGACGAGGGUGGUGGACAAGUUGUUGCCGUUCUUGAGAUUACCGUCGAUACCGGAAGUGUUUCGUCCGUUCGGUUUUCACUUUUUGUACGGUCUUGGCGGGGAAGGACCACGCGCGGCUAAGUUCGUUAACGCCUUGUGUGCUCACGCUCAUAACUUGGCGAAAGAAAAGGGGUGUAGUGUGGUGGCGACUGAGGUGGCGAAACAUGAGCCGUUGAAAGACGGGGUCCCACAUUGGAAACGAUUAUCGUGCGACCAUGAUUUGUGGUGCAUCAAACGGCUUGGGGAAGACUAUAGUGACGGGUCUGUCGGUGACUGGACUAAAUCACCCCCUGAACUUUCCUUAUUUGUAGACCCCAGAGAAUUCUAAAGUCUUAACAAAAAAAAAAAAGAGUAAAAAUAAUAAUUUUAUUUUUUAGAUAUUGACCAAAGAUAAAAAGGAAUAAAAAGAUAUGGGUUUUUGGUGUAAAUCUUUGGGUCCUUUUUA